AUGGCACACUUCGACAGAUGGUUCUUCGGGCCGCCCCCCUUCUGGAGGCGCAUUUUCCAGUCUCCAUACCAGAAAUGGCAUGUCGGAUCAUUUGCCUGGCACAGUCUUUGUUGUAUCCCCAUCAUCGCGCUCAACGUCCUCGCUAGGGAGAUCAGACCAGGGCUUGAGCUGCGUCUGACUUCGAUCUUGCUGUCUGUGGCCUUUGCUUUUGUCACCCUUCUCUGCGGAACAUGGUCUGGGACUAUGCUUCCUCAGCAGGGGAUUUUACUGAUGCACGCCGUAUUGGCCAUGAUUAGCGCUAUCCCUGCCGUCAUCUUGUUUGCUUCGCUCUUCAAGGAGGGCGAUGCUCAUCAUUGGAAACUUACCUGGUGGUACUUUGCUAUUGUCAUCAUGCCGGUUCCUCUGAGUUGCCUGGCAACACUUGUCACAUCGGUCUACCUGAUGAUCGAAGAUGGCCAAGUUGUCAAGACUUUAGCCCAGACAACGAACAGUGAUGAGAAUCUGCGCAAUGAGCCACAGAGUAGCAUGGAAUCCCUCCACUAUGAAGUUCUUCUCGGCGAUUCAGGCGUCGAUACUGAAGCCGCUAUCAGCGACGGGCCAAUUGGAAGAGACCCACGAUUCCGCACUGGAUGGACCAAGUUUGUCGACAAAGGAACAGGGAGGACAUACUAUGUCGAUCACAACAACCGAUACACUACCUGGCUCAAACCAGCUCCUCCUUAUCUCAAAGGAUUUGACGAUGACAUCUUUAGAGAAUGGGAAAAGAUCUGGAUCCGGCGAGCCAACCGCUUCUUCUUUGUCAACCACCGAACAGGAGAGACAACAUGGAAAGACCCACAACGCAAGAAGCAACCAAAGGUGGAGUUUGUCGAUCAGUCAAGGGACUUGCCUCCCGGAUGGGAAAAGUACUCCUCUCAUGGCAAAGAUUACUAUGUCUGUCACAACACCCAAACCUGGACAGUGUUCGAUCCACGCGAUUCCCUGCCACCUCUCGAGUCUAGAUGGCUACAGGAGUUGCAUCACAGCUGCCACAACCACGGGGGCACGACGAUCUGCUUCUUCGAUAUACAAACCGGCGAGUACACUUGUACAGACCCAAGGAGGUCCGAGAAGCCACCAGAAGCAGGCGAAUCCCCGAGAUCAACCGGAUCGGGAUCAAACAGCGCAGAGAGCAUAUACAAUGACAUAGGCUUCAAGCAGCGUUACUUGGCUGCAAGAUAUACUCGCCUGUAUGCCCUCUUGUCAGCAAUAUUUAUGUUUGCCCAGGGUGGAAUUGCGAUCACUCUGGCACUGCGGCUGCGUCUCAAUACAGGUGUUGACUGGAUAAUAUUCGUCCCUUGGAUGCCUGUGCUCACCGGCAUCGUCGACCUGGGCGUAACACUCACUUGCCUCUUCUUCUUCUUUGGCUUUGGUCCUCCAACAGUGGAUGCCAUGACCAACCACCUGAGCUCUGUUUAUCGACGUCGACGACGGGUCUUUGGAUAUGGCACGGAGUCCAUUGUCAACCCACCCCUUGACUUUACUCGCCAACACACCCAAGAGAUAUUGAAAGCCUCGCCGAUCGACUAUGUCGCAACCGCAGUCGUCAAGGGCUCUCUGUUCAGCAACGAUGAUUCGGAGCGUCUUGUUUCUGGCGCCGAUACCCAAUUCUUUGUUGACCACGGGGAACCUAAUGCUGCGCUGAACACUGCCCUGAGUCAACGUCGUUGGCCACUCGGACAUCUGCCUGAGGGUCACGAAUACCUCCUCGUUUUCCUAGCCAAGACGACGCAAAAUUUUCCUCAAUAG